GACCAAUCCGGCGGCAGCUGUCAAUUUUCAAUCUCAACUCUUGCAACUCAUUCACAAUAUAUUGAAUCUCAUCGUCUCAACAAUGCGAACCCUCCGGAUCUUACAGACUCAAAGAACCCUGCCAGAAUAUCGGUUUCGUACCCUCGGAAUCAUAGCACUUCGCCAACUAUCCCCAAACCAAGAUCUCCGAUUCCCAGGCUUAAGAUUCAAAGCAACCGCAUCUAAAAAAGCUACAUCUAGGCCAACCCCUAGCACGUCACCACCUCGAACAUUAUCUUACCCCGAUGAAUUAUGUAUAUACCAAGCAAGCGAGACCAAGUGCGCAGCCGCAUUAAUAGUCAGACUCUUAGGAGAUUUAUGUGCCACCAGUAUCUUAAUACCGUGGAGUCUAGAAGGGGAUGUACCACAAUUCUCUGGAAGUUUAAUAUUUCGUAAUAUGGUUAUCUUCGGUCCAUUGAUGCUCUUAGGCCAGUGGCUCUCCAGCCCAGUCGUCCAUCGUAUCAACCUCAGCCUACCUCAGUCUGCCCGCCUGUCGUCUAACCACCUGCGUCACUACAUCAAUAAUCUCCCUCCCUCUACUACCCUCGACAUCAUUACCCACGACCAUAUGUUCGCUGGGAAGCGCGUUAACUCCAUACCUCUAUCGAAGUUAUAUCUCCUACGGGAAGAAUCCCGCUUACGCCACCCCUGGGAUUCAAAUCUGGAACGCGAACCAGGCGGGGUCAUGGAGGGAACGAAUACAUUCCACGCGCCGGCGGCGGCAAAUGUAGUUGGGGACCAUGGAUGGGCGUGGGAUCUCUUGGUGAGUAGGCUCGGUAGGAAGCCGAAGCCGGAGUCGAAUGAGUGAAGGGGUGGGAUAAGAAGGAUCGGGAGACGAUUUGGGUUGGCUAGGUAUGAAUAGGGGUUACCAAGCCAGGCGCAAGACCAAAGCUAUCAAUGAGCCUUUACUAGGUAUUCUAUCUGAUAUCUUGAUGCGGGGAUAUCUACAAUUUAGAGAGCAGUCAAGUUCUAAAUAGAUCAGCUACAACUAGUUCGCUAAAGAGGCUCUGGGAGGCUCUUUACCAGUAAUGGAGUGGGAUUUAGACCAGGUAAUUUUAUUAAAAUAUAUACUGGUUUCCAAGAUUAGUAUGGAUACCCGUCUGAAACUUCGCUGUGAGGUCACGCCGAGCAUCUGGG